ACGUACCCUAAACGUCACGAUCCUGCGUUUGUAUAAAUACAGUAGCACUGGCGUUCUUCUUCAGUUUUCCACAAAGAGGAAGAGCUUUUUAUUGCAGAAGAAUUUUCACAGUUAUCAAGCGAACUUAAAAGAUGCAGAUCUUCGUCAAGACCUUGACGGGCAAAACCAUCACCCUUGAGGUUGAGCCAAGCGAUACCAUUGAGAACGUCAAAGCCAAGAUCCAGGACAAAGAGGGCAUUCCCCCUGACCAGCAGAGGUUGAUCUUUGCCGGCAAACAGCUGGAAGAUGGCCGCACCCUGUCAGACUACAACAUCCAGAAAGAGUCCACCCUUCAUCUUGUGCUGCGACUCAGGGGAGGUAUGCAGAUCUUCGUCAAGACCCUGACUGGCAAAACCAUAACCCUCGAGGUUGAGCCAAGCGACACCAUUGAGAACGUCAAAGCCAAGAUCCAGGACAAAGAGGGCAUUCCCCCUGACCAGCAGAGGUUGAUCUUUGCCGGCAAACAGCUGGAAGAUGGCCGCACCCUGUCAGACUACAACAUCCAGAAAGAGUCCACCCUUCAUCUUGUGCUGCGACUCAGGGGAGGUAUGCAGAUCUUCGUCAAGACCCUGACUGGCAAAACCAUAACCCUCGAGGUUGAGCCAAGCGACACCAUUGAGAACGUCAAAGCCAAGAUCCAGGACAAAGAGGGCAUUCCCCCUGACCAGCAGAGGUUGAUCUUUGCCGGCAAACAGCUGGAAGAUGGCCGCACCCUGUCAGACUACAACAUCCAGAAAGAGUCCACCCUUCAUCUUGUGCUGCGACUCAGGGGAGGUAUGCAGAUCUUCGUCAAGACCCUGACUGGCAAAACCAUAACCCUCGAGGUUGAGCCAAGCGACACCAUUGAGAACGUCAAAGCCAAGAUCCAGGACAAAGAGGGCAUUCCCCCUGACCAGCAGAGGUUGAUCUUUGCCGGCAAACAGCUGGAAGAUGGCCGCACCCUAUCAGACUACAACAUCCAGAAAGAGUCCACCCUCCAUCUUGUGCUGCGACUCAGGGGAGGUAUGCAGAUCUUCGUCAAGACCCUGACUGGCAAAACCAUAACCCUCGAGGUUGAGCCAAGCGACACCAUUGAGAACGUCAAAGCCAAGAUCCAGGACAAAGAGGGCAUUCCCCCUGACCAGCAGAGGUUGAUCUUUGCCGGCAAACAGCUGGAAGAUGGCCGCACCCUAUCAGACUACAACAUCCAGAAAGAGUCCACCCUCCAUCUUGUGCUGCGACUCAGGGGAGGUAUGCAGAUCUUCGUCAAGACCCUGACUGGCAAAACCAUCACCCUCGAGGUUGAGCCAAGCGACACCAUUGAGAACGUCAAAGCCAAGAUCCAGGACAAAGAAGGCAUUCCCCCUGACCAGCAGAGGUUGAUCUUUGCCGGCAAACAGCUGGAAGAUGGCCGCACCCUGUCAGACUACAACAUCCAGAAAGAAUCCACCCUCCAUCUUGUGCUGCGUCUAAGAGGCGGCAUCUAAUUACAAUAUUCAUAUUACCUGUUUAUUAUUAUUAUAAUGAAUGCCAUAUAAUGGUUUUUCAGUCUACCCUGGUCACGUGCACUCCCCACUUUUUUUUAACCAUACUUUCCAUACCAACCUUAUUUUAAACUAUUGCUGAACCCCAUUACUUUUCCACUUUUUUUUGUACUCUUGGAAAAAGAAUGACAAAUAAAAGCUCUGAAGUUUAAAA